AUGCCCCAGUGGCUGGUUAUUGGCAUAUCAGGGGUUACUUGUGGCGGCAAAACCACAUUGGCUCAUGGCUUGCAUGAUUAUUUUAAGGGAUUAUGCGGAGCACCCUUAUGGAAUACACCUUACACUAUUGGCGAAGUACAGCUAAUAUCGCAGGAUGAUUACUUCCUGCCUGUCGAGGAUAGGCGGCAUAAGCGUAAUGAGAAAUUAAAUGUCAUCAAUUUUGAACUUCUCACUUCUUUGGACAUGAAGAAAAUGUUAAAUGAUAUAGCCAGGAUUCUGAAGGCUCACCAUGAGACGACAACAACGACAACAACUGCGGCGGCGGCGACGACAGUUCCUGCGGAUCAAUUGGUAGCGGCUGUAUCCUAUGCCAAUUUCGAGCAUUAUGCUCUUCAAUUCCAACAGCAAUAUCAGCAACAGCAGCAAUAUAAUGCAAAUUACUAUAAGCAAACAGGCAGCGGAAUCUAUCAGUAUCAAAAUAUGCAUGCCAUCCAUCAGCAUCAUCAUCAUCAUCAUCACCAUCAUCCGCAGCAUCAACAUCAACAUCAGGUACAAUUGCAACAGCAACAACAGCAGCAGCAACAACAACAUCUCAUGAGGAUAGCCGCUCAUCUGCAAGAUAAAAAAAUCAAUGUCUUACUCAUAGAGGGCUUUAUGAUAUUCAAUCAACCGGAAUUAUUGGGUCUAUGCAAUCUCAAGUAUCACUUUCAUUUGCCCUACGAGAAAUGCUUUGAACGGCGUCGUAAACGUACCUAUGAUCCUCCAGAUGUUACCGGCUACUUCGAACUAUGUGUGUGGCCCUACUAUGAGAAAAACUUUAGUGACUAUCGAGAUUGCAAAGAUAUAACAUUUUUAAAUGGCGAGAUCUCCAAAGAGAAGAUCUUUAAAUUUGUCUUGCAACGUAUUGUCCAUUAUUUUGAGGAACGUUGUGAGGUUAGCUCAGCUUUGCCGCUUCAAAUAGCUUGUACACCGCAACAAAAGAGAUUCGGUGGAAUGCUCUAUGUCGGUCCCAGAGCGGCGGCCAGUAAUAACAAUUUAUUGUCAACGGCUUUGCCCAUGGAGCAAUAGGAGUAGCACUACCCAAUUGCAUACAAAAUAUUGUAAUAUAGCAGAUUAAAUUAACUUUUCCUUAUUUUUUGUUUGUUCAAAUGCAAUUGGGUUAGCCGAUAAUAAUAAUUAUGAGUACCUAAGUUUGUAAAUAUGAAAUUCAAAUGAAGAAAAUUGAAAUCUACGUUUGCUUAGAAAAGUUGAAAAUCAAUCUCAAAUAAGUUUACCAUAUAACUUAUUUGACUAAUUUAAAAAAAAAGUGAAACAGUGUAAAAUAAAAUGUUAUAACAUUCAACUAUAUGAUAAUGAUUACAUGUACAUAUAGAAAAGGUUAAAGUCACGUUACGGUCAAGAAAUGCAUCA